AUGACUAGUUUAACCAGUGCUUUUAGAGAAGCUAAUUCCCAAAGAGAUUCCACUCUCAACUUUAAUUUGAGUGAAACUGAUGACGAUAUUCAGAUUUUUUCAAAUCAAACUGUCAUAACAAACCAACCAUUCCCAACAGAUCAAACAUCUAGGAGGAUUCCUCUUCCGAUUAUAUCAGGCAGGCAAGAACAUAUCCUCCCUUUCUGUGGAAUUCAGCUCUUAUCAGAUGUAAGACAGUUAGAAAUACAACAAACAAUAGAUUUUGAAGAUCUGUACACAUUAAUUGAUUCCGAAAACAAAUACUUGGUUAAAGCUGAAAAUGGUGAAGUUUUAUUUGGUACAACAGAGGGUUCUUCAAGCUGGCAGAGGUUAUUAUGUUGCUCAUCUCGAAGAUUUAUUUUAAGAGUGUUUGACAAAGCUAGGCAAGAAGCUCUUUUCUGCAUCAGGAGGCUUGCACCAACAAAUCCAUUACUCAGUUGUUACCUUCAGAGAAUGGAUGUCUUCAUACCACAAUGUGAAUACAUUGGUUGUAUUCAACAAGAAUGGAAUCCAAUCAAAAUUAAACUUGUGAUUCGAAAUUGUGAACAUCAAAAUAUAUUCCACGUCAAUGGACCAUUGUGUACGACUUGUUCCUCAUUUAAAGAAGAAGAUUUUUAUGUAUUCAGCUAUGAUCUACCUCAGUCUGUUUGCAACAUAAGUCGCAGAUGGAAUGAAUUCAAAGCAACAUAUAGUUUGUUCUUAACAUUUCAAGAAAAUCUGAAUAACACCCAUAAAGCAUUAAUACUGGCAUGUGCAUUUUUACUUGAAUACAUAUACUUUCAAGCUGGCAUACCAAUUAAAUGCUUCCAUUGA